UCGUAUCUUUGUAUCCUUCUCGCCCACCACCCCUAUUGGGGAAAAAACACUUGACAUAAACUUUACAAAAACACAUAUCCAUCACCAUCCCAAAACCAUCUCCCAAUAAUUCAUCCACAAUGGACCAUAACAAAAACCCAACCACCACCACCACAUCCGGCACCACCGCGCCCAUGACGGCCAAAGUAAGCCCAGCCGCGAAAAAAACACUUUUAAUCCUUAAUUGCAUACUCCUUUCAAUAGGAAACUGUGGUGGCCCAUUAAUAAUGCGGCUUUAUUUCAUCCACGGAGGUAAUCGUGUCUGGCUAUCCUCAUGUCUAGAAACCGCGGGUUGGCCAUUCAUCGUAAUUGUCUUAAUAAUCCUCUACUUCCAUCGUUGUGCCACUAACAAAAAUACCCCCAACAAAACUACUAAAUUCAUCUACAUGCGACCGCGUUUAUUCUUUGCGGUCGCAUUUAUAGGCCUGAUAACAGGCCUAGACGACUAUUUAUACGCAUAUGGGGUCGCUCGUCUCCCCAUAUCCACUUCAGCCUUAAUCAUAGCGGCCCAACUUGGUUUCACAGCGGUUUUCGCAUACUUACUAGUGAAACAAAAGUUUACACCUUAUUCGAUAAACGCGGUCGUGUUGUUAACAGUUGGGGCAGGAGUAUUGGCGUUGCAUACAAGUAGUGAUAGGCCAAAAGGUGAAAGUAAGAAAGAAUAUUUGUUAGGAUUUGUGAUGACAGUUGGGGCGGCUUUAUUAUAUGGAUUUAUUUUGCCUUUGAUUGAAUUAACGUACAAUAAGGCAAAACAAGAGGUUACAUAUACAUUGGUGUUGGAGAUACAGAUGGUCAUGUGUUUGUUUGCUACUAUUUUUUGUACGGUCGGCAUGGUUUUCAACAAUGAUUUCCAGGUGAUUCCAAGGGAGGCAACCGAAUUUGGACUAGGAAAAACCAAAUAUUACGUGAUAUUGUGGGCUAGCGCAUUAAUUUGGCAAUGUUUCUUCUUGGGUGCGAUAGGAGUGAUUUUUUGCGCAUCGUCUUUGUUAUCGGGCAUUAUAAUCGCGGUUCUUCUCCCAGUUACGGAAGUACUAGCAGUUGUUUUUUACAAAGAAAAGUUUCAAGCCGAGAAAGGGGUGGCACUUGUUUUGUCUCUAUGGGGAUUUGCCUCUUACUUCUAUGGAGAAUACAAGUUCAUACAAAAGACCAAAGAUAGGACUCAAUCUUCUCAACAAUCAGUGGAGCUUGCGCAACCUAAUUACUUGCCAGUAUAAUCGUGUAUGAUUCAUAUAUAAGCUUAUAUCUGCUUUUGGUGUGUUGUAUUUCAGUUUAACCCGAAACAUGAUAUCAUCUUGAGGUAGUUGUAAAGCUUGAAAGUUUCAACAAAGAAUGAAGCUUUUUAAGUUUAGCACCAAUAAACAAUGUGUGAAACUUUAUCUUUUGUAUGAUUAACUGUCCGAUGGACAAAAAUUAGGGACAGAAGUUUGAAAUACUAAGGAGUAGGUUUUUUUUUUU